UCUUAUCUUGAAUCAGAUUAUACUUGACAUUAGUCAAGUUAGAGGCGAUGAAGUCGAACUAAAACACUCACGUCUCACAAAACCACGGGAGAACAGCGGAGAGUUUCAAGUGUGAAGAUCUGGGAAGGAAGUCAAAGAUGUCAGCGGUCAUAGUUGUGCACGGCGGGGCGUGGGCCAUUCCAGACCACCUGGCCGAGGCCUCCGUUAAUGGAGUAAAGGCUGCAGCAUGUGAGGGGUUUACUGUGCUGAAAAGAGGGGGGGCUGCAGUGGAGGCUGUCGAAGCAGCUGUGAGAAUGAUGGAAGACAACACUGCGUUCAAUGCAGGCCACGGAGCCGCACUCAACACUGAGGGAGAAGUGGAGCUGGAUGCCAUCAUCAUGGAUGGAAGAACACUGGGCAGUGGUGCUGUGUCUUGUGUGAAAAACAUUGCCAACCCUGUGUCACUGGCACGAGCAGUGAUGGAGAAGACCGCCCAUGUCAUGUUGAUGGGCAGAGGUGCAAACAUGUUUGCAGAGAGCAUCGGGGUGGCCACAGUCCCCCCUGAGACUCUGGUGACGGAGUGUGAGAGGAGAGAGUGGGAGAGGCAGAAGAAUUAUGUCACUGGAGUCAUGGAAGAUUUUAACUCUCAGUGGGCCCAUGAUACAGUUGGAGCAGUUGCUGUGGAUGGUUCUGGUAAUGUCGCAUGUGCAACAUCAACUGGAGGGAUCAGGAAUAAAAUGGUUGGGAGAGUAGGAGACUCUCCAAUUAUUGGCUCUGGAGGAUAUGCAGACAACUGUAUUGGUGCAGUGUCUUGUACCGGUCAUGGAGAAUCCAUUCUUAAAGUCACAUUGGCCAGACUCAUUCUUUCACACAUUGAACAAGGUAAAUCAGUGGCAGAUGCCUCACAGUUGUCUCUGAGGUACAUGGGCGAACGUGUUCGAGGUGCAGGAGGUGCGAUUGUAGUUUCUCCAUCCGGGCAGUGGGCAGCCACGUUUACCACAGAGCGAAUGGCUUGGGCAGCAGUGGAAGAGGAUGUGCUCUGGUAUGGGUUGGACCCAAAUAAAAGACUGAAAGAGCAUUUUUCCAAAUAACAAUGUUUAAGUUAUUUUUCCUCAUUAGUUGUAUUGAGAAAAAUAAAAGGGAACAGUAUUUUAAUUGAGUUCUAUGUAACAUGCUGAACCUUGCUCUAUUGUUGUCUGUAGCCCAAAUUAAUCAACAGUGUUUUCUUAUCAGAGCUUAUUUCUUAUAUCACAUAUGCAAAUAUAGUGUUUAUUUUACAUUUUAUCUGAAGGAAGUGGACUCAUUUUUGAAAAUAUUAUAGGUUCCAUUGUAUUGACUGUCAGUGGAUGCAAGUCCUGAAUGUCUGUGAAAUAUGUCAAAGUUUUGUUUCACCUGUUAACCUGGCAUUAUUGUGACUUUGGUGGGUGGACAGGUCGAACCUGUGAUGGGACCUGCAGCUUUGUUUGUGCGGCUUCAGCCUUUGAAAAAACUGCUGCACAAACAUGAUUCAGACUUUGAAUUAAAUGGCAUGAACAACACAUCUUUAAACACUGUAUCUAUUUCUAUUCUCAUUAUUUUCUGCCUUUUGUUAGUAAUAGAAAUGUAGAUUCACACAUUGUUUUAAUAAUGUAAAGUAGUAGAGGUGCAGCAAAGUGUUUUAAGCACAAGUAGCCUGACACUGAAAUGCCAGUAAUCUAAAAUAAACCAAUAAAGUCAUU